AGUUACACAAGUACCAAAUUUACGCUUUUCAGUACCACGACAAUGCGACUUAUUUUGCUAACGAUACUUUUUAGUUUAGGGGUUUCAGCAACAGAAAAGGAAAUCGCACGUUUUCCUUUCGACCAUCACUCCACGAAGUACUGCCCGGAGAACCAGUACUACAACCAAGUUUCGCAGACUUGCCAACUGUUGGUACUAACUUAUGAUGAUGGUAUUUGUGACGAUGUUCCAGAGGGAGAAAUCGUGCUGAAGGAGUGUACUUGUGGGUGUAGGUACUACUGGGAAUGUCAGGGGAAAAACCAGACGCUCAAGCAAUGUCUGUAUCAGUUGUACUUUGUCGAAGAAAGACAGCUAUGUACCAGCAUUACUGAGUGCACAGACCAGACGAGGACCCCUCUUCCUUGGACUACUACGUUUCCGUCUACGAUGUCAUCAACCCUAGGUUAUAACGAUAUAAGAUGCUAUGGACACGACGGCGAGUACUACCCUGAUAUAGCUUGUGACAGAUUCGUCUAUUGCGAAUUAGGAUGGGGUCGUGAAUUUAGCUGCCCCACUGGUCUCUACUUUAACGAAAAAGAGUCUAAAUGUGGACCUUUUUCAGAAUCGUUCUGCGCCGGAGAUCCUAGAUGCAACCCAGACGGUACUCCAGAUCUACUACCAGACCUAACAGACUGUACCAAGUACGUCGAAUGUUACGGGGGCUAUUCGUACUCGAUGAGUUGUCGAGAUGGUUUGUGGUUUAGUGCCGACCAAAAGACUUGCGUUCCACCGGAAGAAUCGGGCUGCAUUGCGUCGACUACAGUACCAUCAACGUCAAAGUUGCCAGACCACGACCCAAGAUGCAUAGGGAAUCAAGGUUCGCUGGUACCACACCCCCAAAGCUGUGACAAAUUUUUAGAAUGUCACCAAAGUCGUACUUUCGAAAGAACGUGUCCUUCGGGGUUGCACUUCGCUGGGGACAACGGACGUUGCGUUUCGCCCAAAAUAUCAACUUGUGUUUCAAAAUAAUUUUAUUUUAAUAUAAUAAUACAAUAU